UUCAUCAUCUCAAGGACUCAUAAGAGACCGACGGCAUGUGGAGACCGGAGACUUUAGAGCAGAGCAUUUACAGAUUAUUGAAGCUGAUAUAGAUUGUCAGUCCUGUGAAAAAGGCAAAGGGUCUCCUGGAAAUCUCCCUUGUAAUUUGUGACUCCUGACUUAUCAAUGGAAGAGAAGUGUGGAAUUGCGAAUGACAUCACUGAACUCAUAGGGAAUACCCCAAUGGUAUAUCUCAAGAAUGUUGUGGAUGGUUGUGCUGCACGUAUUGCUGCCAAAUUGGAGACUAUGAAUCCCUGCUCAAGUGUAAAAGACAGGAUCGCAUACAGUAUGAUAAAAGAUGCAGAAGAGAAGGGUCUAAUUACCCCUGGCAAGACGGUCCUUCUCGAGGUGACCAGCGGUAACACUGGCAUUGGUCUUGCAUUCAUUGCUGCAACUAGGGGCUACAAACUUAUCACAGUUAUGCCACACACGUAUAGUCUCGAAAGAAGGAUUAUCCUCCUUGCUUUUGGAGCUGAGUUAUACAUCACCGAUGCAGCAAAAGGUAUUGAUGGAGUUCUCAAGAAAGCCGAGGAAAUAAUGGAGGCAACACCAAAUUGUUUUUUUCUCAAGCAAUUUGAGAACCGUGCUAAUCCAAAGAUACACUACGAAACCACUGGACCAGAGAUAUGGAAAAACACUGAAGGGAAAGUUGACGCCCUGGUUGCAGGGAUUGGAACUGGGGGUACAGUUACUGGUGCCGGAAAGUUUCUUAAGGAGAAAAAUGCGGACAUCAAAGUAUAUGGAAUUGAACCUGCUGAAAGUGCAAUACUGAGUGGAGAAAAACCGGGUCCUCAUAAAAUUCAAGGAAUUGGUGCUGGCUUCAUCCCUCCAGUUUUAGACAUCAAUAUACUUGAUGAAGUUAUUCAAGUAAGUAAUUUGUAUCUUUUUGUAUCUCAUGUUCGUGAAAGAAAAUUAUGCAUGAAAGUGAAAUAG